UAAUGUUGCUGGACAAGCGGCGCUGUGACGCGCAAGGGGUGGUAGGUUCUUUGGAUCGACGCUACAAGCUCUCAAACUUUUAGCAAUCGUCUUCUAGUCUGGUCCCUCUGCCAGGAACAGGGUCCCUCUUGAUCGAUCCAGGGGAUCAUGAAGCGCGGGAGUUUGAUGUUGCUGGGUCUUCUCCAGGCGGCUUUGGUGCUUUCUUUGAUCCAGCACGGCCAUGGCUGGGACGAGUACCUUAAACCACCGGCUGGAAACAGCCCUCAUAUGAGAGUGAAGACUUCGAAUGGCCACCAUAGCUACAAGUGCUCGUGCGAGAAAUGGGAGCUAACCGCAGCCUCGGCCGACCUGCUCAGCACCGUCGACUCCAAAACUAUAAUCGGCGCCUACUCUUUCUCCAGAAACUCAAACUCCAAUUCCAAGCACCAGGGAACUUGGACCUUGUUUAACAAUCCAGCCGACGCCAUCGAGUCUGGAGCUCGUGUGAGCGCUGUUACUGCAAAGGUGAUACUUUCGUAUCCAAUCCCCGGGAGCUUAUCCGAGGCUCUCUUGCAAGUAACCUCUCACCACUUCGAGGGCCAGAGCGGGCUGGUUUCUUACAUCCAGCGUCUCAAGCCGCAAGGUGGCGUGCCAAUGACGAACUCGUGCCAGCGUCCUCACGAAGUGCUCAAGGUUCCAUUCUACGCCGAGUAUCAGUUCUGGAGGCAAGACGUGGUGCCACCCAGCGUCCCAUACUCGCUCGUCGUGCCCUCGUCCGUGAAGCCGGUCCAGAGCUUGUUUGGCGAAGGGGAGGUCCUCUACUUGUUCAACGGUGAGAGCUGGGAGCAAAGGUACGCGUUUGCGAAGCUCUACGACGUUCCCGGCGGCAAGAAGCUGGGGAGCUACUACAUCAAAGCUAGAGGCGCGGGCGAGUCGUAUGGAACGCACUUUUGGGAUCUCUCCAAUCCAAAUGGCGUCCAAGUCGUGGGGAGAGUUACCAUGCCUCCGGUUAGCGUCUCGAACAGCAGCCUUCCGUGGUUGACGACCACAAUCACUGCUCACACGGGAUCCAACUCGCUCCUAAAGAACGCAAAGGCCGUGCAAAUGCUGUCAACUCGAGGUGGUCUCCCCAACAAGAAGAGUCCCAGAGGCAAGCUUUCCAGAGGCCAGUUGUGGAGAGUUCCGUUCACAGCCGUCUUCUGGUUCUAUGGCUGAUAGCUUGCUCGCUAUUUUCACUCCACUCUCGCUCGCUCCAAGAAUACGAUCACCUCCUGCAAGGAGAUCUCCAGACAAGAAUAGCACUUCACCGGAUGUACAAACUACGUAAAACGAAGAAAAAAAAAACAAGAGAAAACGAAAGCAAUGAUAUGUCACACAUUCUAAGAUACUUGUGAGAAGUUUGAUCUGAUUGA